GAAACUGAUGAGGUAAAUCAUUCGGUCAUGUGGAACAAGACUCCGUAUGGAACAUGUAUUCGGAAUGUCCGGAAACUUAUAAGAUCUCCCGUUGGAUGACAUUCUUUUACAGCCCGGGGCUCUUAUUCAACCUGAACACCCCCCAUCUCGUUGUCCCAAGUUCUAUCGGCUGGUCCGGUGAACCAUUCGACAGUUUUUUUUUCGACUCUCAUAACGAAUUCAACGCAAUCUUCAGAGACAACGAAACUGUCUCUACCACUCCUCUCGUUUUUCCCUCUUGCUUUUUUCCAUCCCAUCGUCGCUUCUUUUGAAUCGAACUAGAUAGCAGCUUGCCACACGCAAUCACGUCGUCGACCGACUCACCACCACGAUGCGAUCUCAUCGCACACUUAUCCCCUUCAUCGCUCUCGCGGUUACCCUCGCUUCAAACGCGGCUCCAGUGCUCCAUCCGUUAGGCGCUCGCGCGUCAGACACCAACGUUCUCCACAUGCGACGUGCAUCACCGACACCAGACUUGUUGGAGGCACAGUCCCAUGUCGAUGUGGACUUUAAGGUGGAUUCUCAACUGCGGAGUCGGACCGUUGAACGCAGGGCUAAGAAGAAGAAUAAACAGAGGAAGAAGCAGAGGAAGCAGCAACAGCAGGCAAAGGCAGGGGGAGGCCAGAUUAACACGACCUCUGAAGGGCAAGGGGUGCCUGUCACCGAAGGGAACAAGGAAGCUGCUCCUAAUGGCGGCAAAGCGGAGGCCGCCCAAGUACUGCCGAAGAAACCUCAGCCUGCGAGCGAAGCUAAUGGUAAUACUCACGCUGGCCCCUCUAACUCUGGGGUCUCGGACGUGAAGGGGAAGGAGAAGGAGAAGGAGCCAGGUUCAGCAGCGAUCACUGCUUCCUCUAACCACGAACCUAAGCCUGGUGGGCUGAGUCGUGUCAACACGGGCUCUUCGAUUUCUUCGACUUCUUCCCAUUCUUCGACGUCCAGCCAGACUAGCUGUUCUUCGCAUGGUUCUUCUUCAAGCGAGAGUUCUAUCGACCCAUAUGAACAUGACCAUAUGUAUGGCACUCAUUGUGAUCCAGUGCCGCAUCAACCGGCGGAUGGGGUGGGGGAGUCGAAAGAGGAGGAGGAUAAGGAAAAGGAAAAGGAAGACAAGGAAAAAGAGAAGAAAAAAGGGAAACAGAAGUUGAGAAACGUUGUUGGUGGCAUAUCGGCUGUGGCUGGUUUAGGAUUACUGGGUGCAGGUAUAUAUGGAAUAGACAGUUUAGCAAAAUCAUCAAAGAGCGCAUUCACAUCAGUCGGAAGCGAAGGAGAAUCAUCGGAGAGUUCGGGAUUGGAGAGUUCAGGAUCGGAGAGUUCAAGUCUGGAUGGCAUACAGUUUGGGGUUUGUCGUUUUCUACUCAUUAUUCAAAUGUUGUUCACGAACCUCCUGAUUUCGCGCAGUCCACAAAGAGGGAUAUCGAGCUAUAAUUUCACCAGGUGCUUUCCUAAGGGAAGCAGAGGGGGGAAGGACAUUUUUGUAACGAUAGCAUACUACGAUUGUUGUAUGUAGUUCAAGUUGUACAGUAUUUCUAUAAGAGCGCAGGUGCUUACAUAAAAUUCGAAUGGCCUGAAACUGAUC